AUGACGGAAAACGGUAACGCCCAUAAGAAGUCCUUCAAUGGAACAUAUGGAAAUUUUGGAAAGAUUAAACAAAAUGAUGAGGCCAAUAAUAAGAAAACAAAGACAAAUAUUAAAGCUGCCAGUAUCACUCCCGAAGAACCAGUGAACGUGAUGUGCGUUAAAGAAAAGCAGAAGAACGGUUUGCCGCAUCUGGAGGCGGUUUCGCGAGUCGCCGCCAUACCUAUCGUCGAGUCGGGCAUCGAUGUGGCUGAAAGGAUAUACUUUAGGGUCAGAGAGUCGAACCCGCUCAUCCGUUGGUACUUAUCGCUGGGUGAACGUUCGAUCUCAACGGGCGUGCAGCUGGCGCUCCCAGCAGUUCAAAUGCUGGAGACGCCCAUCCAGCAACUGGAUAAGUUACUUUGCAAGUCACUGGACGUGGUGGAGAAGACAGUUCCCUCCAUCUAUUUGCCGCCCCAGGCGUUGUACUCAGAGACCAGGCAGUAUGUCGUGAGGCGCGCCGACUCGGUGAAGCAGUUGGGCACGACGGUGACCAACGCGACGGCAACCGCCCUGGAGCGCGCCCUCACCACCGCCGACAAAUACGUCGACAGGUACCUGCCACCUGACUGCCUGGAUGCCACCGACGUGACCAGCGCCGAGAGCGAGGAGGCGUUGGUGGUCGGCGGUGCGGGGGCGGGAGUGCAGGCGGUGCAGCGCAGCGCGCGGCUCGGCAGGAAGCUGCAACGCCGCCUCACCAGGCAGGCGCUGGCGGAAGCGAAGGCCAUCAAGGAACAGAUACACGUCCUCGUCUACGUCGCCGAACUGAUCGCGACGGACCCGGUCCUCGCGUGGAAAAAGGCCAAGGAGCUGUACGAAUCGCUGAGCCAGCCAGAGCCAGAGAACCAGGCACGGCCCGCCACCGUCGAGGAACUGUUGGUGCUACUAGCACGCGAGGCAGCCCGUCGCCUAGUGCAUUUGGCCAACUACACACGCGCAGAUCUGCCCAGGAAUAUGCGCCAGGGAAUGUCGCUCUUAUCAAAACAUUUGUCAUCAGCAGCCGACGCAUUAAUUAAAUCAUUGCCCGUGGAAACUGCUAUAAGUGAGGUCCGUAAUUGGCGUAUAAAAUUGAAAGCCUUCUUGCUGCAGAUGCAAGACACUUCCAAAACUUAUCUGGAACAACUGGCAAUAUUUUUAGCGGGCAACGAAGAGCGGGAAAAGAUCGCACCACGGUCGACGUAUGGACAAAAAGAUGAUUUAACAGCGAUCAAUGGUCACAAC